UCUGGAACUCCUGGACUCGAGCGAUCUGCGCACCUCAGCCUCCUAAAAUGAAAAAAGGGGACAUGGCCAGAAAGGCUCUCAAGCUUGCUUCAUGGACCAGCAUGGCUCUUGCUGCCUCUGGCAUCUACCUCUACAGUAACAAGUACUUGGACCCUAAUGACUUUGGCGCUGUCAGGGUGGGCAGAGCAGUUGCUACGACGGCUGUCAUCAGUUAUGACUACCUCACUUCCCUGAAGAGUGUCCCCUAUGGCUCAGAGGAGUACUUGCAGCUGAGAUCUAAGGUGCACCUUCGCUCUGCCAGGCGUCUCUGUGAGCUCUGCUGUGCCAACCGGGGCACCUUCAUCAAGGUCGGCCAGCACCUGGGGGCACUGGACUACCUGUUGCCAGAGGAGUACACCAGCACGCUGAAGGUCCUGCACAGCCAGGCUCCACAGAGCAGCAUGCAAGAGAUCCGCCAGGUCAUCCGAGAGGAUCUGGGCAAGGAGAUCCAUGAUUUGUUCCAGAGCUUCGACGACACCCCUCUGGGGACUGCCUCCCUGGCCCAGGUCCACAAGGCAGUGCUGCAUGAUGGGCGGACGGUGGCCGUGAAGGUCCAGCACCCAAAGGUGCGGGCUCAGAGCUCGAAGGACAUUCUCCUGAUGGAGGUGCUCAUUCUGGCUGUGAAGCAGCUAUUCCCAGAGUUUGAGUUUAUGUGGCUUGUGGAUGAAGCCAAGAAGAACCUGCCUUUGGAGCUGGAUUUCCUCAAUGAAGGGAGGAAUGCUGAGAAGGUGUCCCAGAUGCUCAAGCAUUUUGACUUCUUGAAGGUCCCCCGAAUCCACUGGGACCUGUCCACAGAGCGGGUCCUCCUGAUGGAGUUUGUGGACGGCGGGCAGGUCAAUGACAGAGACUACAUGGAGAGAAACAAGAUCGACGUCAAUGAGAUCUCACGCCACCUGGGCAAGAUGUAUAGCGAGAUGAUCUUCGUCAAUGGCUUCGUGCACUGCGAUCCCCACCCCGGCAAUGUACUGGUGCGGAAGCACCCUGGCACGGGAAAGGCGGAGAUUGUCCUGUUGGACCAUGGGCUUUACCAGGUGCUCACGGAAGAAUUCCGCCUGAAUUACUGCCACCUCUGGCAGUCUCUGAUCUGGACUGACAUGAAGAGAGUGAAGGAGUACAGCCAGCGCCUGGGAGCCGGGGAUCUCUACCCCUUGUUUGCCUGCAUGCUGACAGCGCGGUCAUGGAACUCAGUCAACAGAGGCAUCAGCCAAGCUCCCGUCACUGCCACUGAGGACUUAGAGAUUCGCAACAAUGCGGCCAACUACCUCCCCCAGAUCAGCCAGCUCCUCAACCAUGUGCCACGCCAGAUGCUGCUCAUCUUGAAGACCAAUGACCUGCUGCGUGGCAUCGAGGCCGCCCUGGGCACCCGUGCCAGUGCCAGCUCCUUUCUCAACAUGUCACGUUGCUGCAUCAGAGCGCUAGCUGAGCACAAGAAGAAGAAUACCUGUUCAUUCUUCAGAAGGACCCAGAUCUCUUUCAGAGAGGCCUUCAACUUAUGGCAGAUCAACCUCCACGAGCUCAUCCUGCGUGUGAAGGGGUUGAAGCUGGCCGACCGGGUCUUGGCCCUAAUAUGCUGGCUGUUCCCUGCUCCACUCUGAUUGGAAUUGCUCUCCCUGCCCCAUUCUGAUGUCUUUUCACUCCUUAGCCCCUCAUCCUGCCUCCACCCAGCUGCUCCAUUUUUGCCACAUGGUGGCCCGCAGCCCCAGAGUCACUGUCCAUGUCACCAUCCUCCUCCUCUUUUGGAAUCCUUUCCACAUACUGUGGCCCUUAUCUCAGGGCCCACAGGCUGAACUGUGGCAUAGCUCUCUCUUCUUCUCCAUGAAGACUCAGCAGCCUACAUUCCCACUCCUGGUAUGUGCCAUUGGGUUGGAUGUCCCCACUAUUCCAUUAACCCUUCCCAUUGCCAAGAUGUGCCACGGGUGCCACUGGGGGCACACUGAACUUGUAGGGAGUUUGAUUUUGUUGGAGGUGAACAUGGUCUCUGAACUUGACAGAGAACAGCUUCCCUUUCCUGCCAUGUCACCCUCCAGAGGAAGUCACACUUCAGCGAGGUGGUUUGGCAUCUGGGGCCGACUCCAUUGCAGCCGUGAGCUCACUGCUGUCAGUGACCUUUGGUGUUUUCCGUACUGUGUUUCAAUAAAAACUCUUUCAAGGUUGCA